AUGCAAACACAAGAAGUUGGCAAAAGCCCAAAGAAGAGGAAGGUAGGACACAAGAAAGGUAGUAAGACAAAGAAGAAAUUGAAAAUGUUACAGGGUAAUGGAGAGGAAAAGGUUAGAAUAAACCAAAAAAUGAAAAAGUUAUUCCGCAAAAGGGUGAGAGACUACAAUUCAGAUGAUGAUGAUGAUUCUGCCCCAGUAAUUGAAGAUGUAAGUGGGCAGUUGAAUGACAAAAAAGAAGUGUCUGAUGGACACUCUUCAGAUGAGGAAAGAGAAAAUCAUGGGGAUGUUGGUGAGGAAAAUGAAGUUUCUGAAGACGACGAAAUUGUAAUUCAACCUGGAAUAACAAAGUUCACAGAAGGUUGUAAAGCUUUCAGGAUGGCAUUCAAGAAAAUCACUAAAACGAGUGUUUCCGAUGAUGUAUUGGGUCCUGUAUUAUCAGCACACAAGAAGCUUGUGGUAGAGAAGCUAGCUGAAGAAGAUGUAAAACGGAAGGUGAAGGGGGAGGCAAAGAAAGAGAAACACUUGGUCAACAAGUCACAAAAUGCUCAGAAAGGAUUAAAUCCUUCAGGUCUAAUGAUGCAAAAGUGUUCAAUUCUAACUGUGGUGACAUAUGAUGUCUUAAAUCUGCCAGCUAUAAGGAAGCAAAGGAAAGAGGCCUUUUUCUCCGAGUUAGGCAACACAUCCCAAUUUACUCGCGCACCUGCUAAGAUUGCUGCAUCUACAGGCCCAGCGGAUGGUGAAGGUCCUGCAUGGGCUCCAUUACGUGAUAAUUACAUGCUAACAAAUUCUAUGUUAAAGGACUGGGAUAAGAUGCCGGAUACAAGGGUAGCAGAUGACUUUGGGAUGCCAGCUGAUAGUUCAUCUGAUGAUGACUAA